AAAAAGGAGGAUUGGAGAGAGGCUCUCUCCUCUCCUUCCUUGGUUCUCCUUCCUCCUCUUUCCUUUGGGCAGGGCCCACCGCAGGAACGGCCCACCUGGCAGUGACAAGGUGAGGGUGACGUGUAAGGCGCAGCGCACCCGCACCGCACGAACACGCACCUCUCCUCCAAUCAUCGCUUCCUUUCCCUUCCGGCCUGCUGCCAAUGUCACGCGACGGCGACGCCCGCGGCCUCGAGGCGGAGGCGGCGGCCGCGGCCGAGGCGGCGCGGGAGCUGAGGGAGGCGGCCGCCGCCCUCGUAGCCACGCGCGCAGCCGAAGAGGACGCGCUGCGCCGCCGCGCCGUCGCGCUCGACGCCGACGUCCGCCGCCUCCAGGGCUCGCUCCCCGCCCUCGACCCAUCCGCGGUCGACAAGAUCGAGGAGGAAUUGGAGCGUGCCAGGGUAGCCAUCACAGAUAGUGAUGUGGCUUCGUUUCUCCCCAGCAAGCGAAAUGGGAAGUUCCUUAAGAUGUUUCUAGGCCCUGUGAAUGUGCGGGUUGCCAGGAAGGAAGAUAAGCUCAAAAUCAAGGAUGAGUACAAUAAUUAUAGGGAUAGGACUGCCUAUAAGUUUCUGCUGUUUCCAUCUAUCCUCCUCCUCCUAAGAUGGUGGAUAUGGGAUGGAUGCCUUCCAGCGUGGGCAGUUCAGAUCUACCAGGCUUGGUUACUAUUCCUGUACACAAGCUUUGCUUUGCGGGAGAAUGUAUUGAUUGCAAAUGGAAGUGACAUUCGUCCAUGGUGGAUAUAUCACCACUAUCUAGCUAUGGUAAUGGCUCUUAUUAGCCUUACAUGGGAGAUAAAGGGACAACCUGAUUGUUCUAGCAAGCAGAGGGGGGUGCAACUCUUCCUGCGUUGGGCAAUCAUGCAAGGGAUUGCAAUGCAUCUACAGAACAGAUACCAGCGUCAAAGAUUACGCACUCGCAUAGCUCUAGGAAAGGCAAAAAGAAUGGAUGUUGUUGCUGGAGAAACAGCAGGUGUGGAGGGGCAGCUCUUGUUGCUAUAUCCUGUCCUUUUUAUAUUACAGGGUUUUGAGGCGUAUGUUGGAGUUUUGCUUCUUCAGACAGCUUUGAACGGGCUUGCCUCUGAAUGGCAGGUUGUAGUUUGCGGGAUCCUGCUGGUGGUAAUGGCAGUGGGAAACUUUGUCAACACUGUGGAGACACUGAUAUUGAAGUUGAGGUUCAAAGCAAAGAUGAAGAAAGCCAAGGGCAGGCAGGACCGCCCGCAUCAAAAUUGACGAAAGCAGAAUGCUGACACCAUCUCUUUUGUAAAUCCUUUGACCCGUAAAACAUUUUUGGCUGCUUGUAAUUCCCUGUUUUGGUAUUUGGUCCUGUAACACUGAAGUUGAUACCCUAUAGAAACACGAAGAAAGAUACAUAUGUUUCCUCUUCAGAUGAAAAUUGCGAGUUUGAAUGUA